UUGUGGGUGAACUAAUCUGCUUGAGCGUCACCCAGCUGUGGCUUUCACAGAGAUGGUACAUUCCACAUCCUGUUCCAAGUUGGACGCACAACCACAGCAACUCAGAACACACAGACCCCUCGCCCCUGUGGGAUAUAUAAGCAGGGACGCCAGUCCGCUUGAAUGGAGCAGCAGCAGAUCGACUCAACAUACAGCAUCUUGUCACAAAGGUUGACUGGCUUACAGAACUAAAAAUGAGCACCGUUUCUGAUCAGUCAGGGGCCACCUCAGCUCCUUCACCUGCUCCCCCAGCUCCCCUUGGACGUCCACCCAAGUUAAGCAGCCGUGGUCGAUUCUCAGCCCCCAUCGGCACCUCCAAUUCUGAAACGACAGAUAUCCCAGAGUUGGAGUACUUUGGUGCUCCUGGCCCCAGAGGAUACCCUCCUCUUACAGACUUCUUGGACAUCUGGGACGUGGACAUGAUGAAGAGGCCCGAUGAGAGCAAUAAGAUUGAACACCACACCACGCUGUACCACUCUGACUAUCUUAUUGUUCGUCGAGGGCAAGAGUUUGAAAUCAAGAUCACGUUCAAUCGUCCCUACAAACCUAACGAGGACAAAUUCGCUGUAGAGUUUGUCAUCGGUUCCAGCCCUGCAAUCAGUAAGGGCACUUAUGUUCCAGUCUUUCCCAAAAAGGAAAAGCAAAGCUCAUGGAGAGGUCGCAUCAAAGAGACCAGCGACAACAUCGUCACCAUGGGACUCACCCCUAUAGCAGACUGCAUUGUGGGAAAAUAUAAUAUGUAUGUUGCCGUACAGACGCCUUUUGGCACCCGCAGGACUAGAAAGGAUGACAGUCGAGCUGUUUACAUCCUUUUCAAUCCCUGGGCGGCAGAUGAUGCUGUGUUUCUGGAUGAUGAGAAAGAGAGGCAGGAGUGUGUGAUGAAUGAGGUGGGAAUCAUUUAUCAUGGCGCCUACGAUGACAUUUCUGAGAGAGACUGGAACUAUGGACAGUUCAACUUUGGAGUUCUGGAUGCCUGUCUGUUGGUCAUGGACAGGUCUGAGAUGCCCAUCACCAACAGAGGAGACCCCAUCAAGGUGACCAGAAAGGCCUCAGCCAUGAUUAACUCCCGUGAUGAUGACGGGGUGUUGGUGGGGAACUGGAGUGGCGACUACACCUACGGAGUGGCGCCUACUUCCUGGACUGGUAGUACUGACAUCCUGCUGACUUAUGCCAGCACCAAGAUGCCCGUCUGCUAUGCUCAGUGCUGGGUCUACGCCGCCGUCUUCAACACCUUCCUACGCUGUCUGGGAAUCCCAUCUCGAGUUGUCACCAACUACUUCUCUGCUCACGACAAUGACGGAAACCUGAGGACUGACAUAAUAUUGGAUGAAAAUGGCAGAGUUGAUCGAAACCGCACCAGGGAUUCUAUCUGGAACUAUCAUUGCUGGAAUGAGUGCUACAUGUCCAGACCGGACCUCCCUCAAGGUUUUGGAGGCUGGCAGGUUGUGGACGCAACACCGCAGGAGACCAGUGAUGGGAUGUACAGGUGUGGACCUGCGUCAGUCCAGGCCAUCAAACAUGGAGACAUCUGCUAUCCGUUUGACGCUGCCUUCGUCUUUGCUGAGGUAAACAGCGACGUUGUGUAUUAUUCUCGAAAGAAAGAUGGCACAAUGCAGCUGAUAAAGGUGAACCGGACUCAUGUGGGUCGAAUGGUUUUGACCAAAGCUGCUGGAGAAGUCACUCGUCGUGACAUCACUGAUAAUUACAAGUUUUCUGAAGGGACCUCAGAGGAGCGGACUGUCCUGGAGAAAGCAGAGGAGUACGGCUGUAAACGAGAGAACUCCAACCCUCCUUUGGCUGAUGUGGACGUGAUCCUGCCAACCCUGGAGAUCGGGGUCGGUGAUGACUUUGAGCUGAACCUGGAGUUCGUAAACCGAAGUGACCAGCGCCGUACAGUGGGGACGUACAUCAGUGGGAGUGUGGUGUAUUAUACUGGAGUCUCCAGCCAUGAGUUCCUGUUCAGGACCCCCACCGUAACCAUUCAGCCCCAAGGAAGUGUGACGGAGUCGGUGAUGAUUGAGUCAAGGAACUACAUGCACCAUCUUGUUGAACAGGCCAACCUCAACUUCAUUGUCACCGGAAAAAUCAAAGAGACGGGAAAGAUUGUCACCUCAAUGAAAGUCAUCACCCUGCACAAUCCCAAACUCCUCGUUGAGGUAACUGGCAACGCCAUAGUAAAUGAGGAGAUGAUAGCCCGGGUGGAGUUCACAAACCCCUUCACUCACACUCUGAAGGAUGUCGAAGUUCGUAUGGACGGACCGGGGGUCAUGGAACACAAGAAAAGACUGUAUAGUCUCAUCCCUGGAGGUACCUCUCUGACCUGGACCGAGAUGUUCACACCUCAGAGGGCUGGAAAAACCAGAGUGUUUGCUACCCUGGACUGUCCUGGUCUCAGGCAGGUGUCUGGCCAAGCAUCCAUCAACGUCAAGCCCUGAGGAUCACCAAGUGGUCAACUCACUCCCCGAAUCUUUAAGCUUACUUGUGCUUCUGUCCAAAAAUGGGCCUAUAACAUAAAAAUAUAACUGUACGAGUAAAUAGCAUCUAUGAAAACAAUAGGAGGUGAAUGUAUUAUGCUGCAUGAUGAUUAUAUGAAUUAAUAAUGUAUUCAUUCGUUUUACUUAGUCGACAAACAGUCACAAAAUCAAAUAAAUAAUUAAAAUUCCAGAUUUUUUGCUUAAUUUCAGCCUCAAAUUGGAAUUGUAUUUUGGCUGUGAAACUUCGUUAAAUAAAGUAUUUUUAAAUUUGAAACACAUUAUAAAGGUCAUCACUCCAAGAAGUUGGCAAACACAGCCAGUUUGACAUUUCUGUAGAUCAGUAUUAUAAUACUAUACUGUAAGCUACAAUAACUAAACUGAUGAUAUUCCUAUAGGAAUAUCAUCAGUUUAGUUAUUAUAGCUUACAGAACCCGAUAAUUAAUGAAUCACAAAAGGCCCCAAAAGCUUAACAAAGACAAUUUUGUGAAUUUUCUCUGUAGUUUUGAGUAACAGUUUGAACCUGAAGAAAUAAAUGACUGAAAUGCUAAAUUGGUCACUUUUUAAAAUUAAUUGAAAUGUUCAAGAAAAGUUCCAAAUAGAUGCGUCAGAAUCAUUCAUUUUUUUCUUUUAGUUUUUUCUUUUUUAUAUGAAAUAUCAAACAAAUAAAAGUUCAACAACUGCA